AACAACAUGCGAAAGUGAUAAAACAAAAGAAGUUAUAGGAAAUUAAAGAACAAAUUUUUAAUACUCAUACUAUUUGUUUUGAAUAUAAUAACGAGCAUCAAAAGUUCUCGGUAUUUUCUUAAAAGCCUCAUUUUGUUGGUUCACAGUCUUACACAAGGUGUCCAAGGUGAAAGUAUUUUCUUGUAACGGCAAGUUUUGAAAGUGUAUAUAAAUCUUCUAAUAAUCGUUAAGAUCAAUCAUAAAAAAGUCGUUGAUAACAAAAAUUUAAACAACUUAUAGUGAAAAUUUGCUUAUGAAGAAAAUAGUUAUUAGUUUAAUUUUUUGCAAAACUCGCCGGAAACCCCAUGUGCUAUUUAGAGGUUAUGAUUGCUAAAAACAAGAUAGUCGAUGUUUGAAACAAAAUUUACAACGAAUUUACGAAGUAUCUGACUUAUUAAAAGUUGUAAUUAUUUUCAAUAAAUAUUGGUAGUUAAUGAGCAUUUACAGUGACUGGUGGCAUCAGUAUGUAUGAUCAAAUUUUUGAUGAUUUUAACAUCAUUAAACAACAUUCAGAGAGAAAUGGAAACAACCAAUUUGAAGAAUCAGCUGUUUUUGAAUUACUGGAAAGUUUAUAUCCUUCACAUGGAUCAGCUCAAGCUGUACAAACUAUUAUAUGUAUGUUGGAUGCUCAAAGGGUUCGAGAUUCAAAAAGUCUAAUGGGCAACUCAAAAGGAGAAUUAGACAAUAAGAAAUUAAGUAAUGAUAAUGAAAAUGAUAAUGAUAUUAUUGAAAUUGAAGUUCCCAAGAAAAUUCAUCCUCUUAUUGAUUUGACUGAAAAUUCUACUGAAUCAGAAGAAACUGUUAUUAUUGAAAAAUCUGAAAAUAAAAGUAAUGUUGAAAAUAUAGAAAUUAAUUCAGAUUCUAAUAUAGAAAUGUAUGAUUCUGAUACAAGUUGUCAUGGAAUUCAUAGUUUUAGUGAUUCUGAUGUUUCAAACCAUUUCAAUGAAGAUUCAAAUUUAACUACUGAUAACCUUAGUAGAUCUAACAGUGAAAAACAACUUUUAAACUACUUGGCUAUUUUAGAUCAGCCAAAUCAAAUGAAUCAACAAGAAGAACAAAGCUAUAAUGAUUCUCUAGAUGUAUCUGAAAUGUUAGAAGAAAAUAAUAAUGAUCCUAAUAAUAACUUUAAUGAGGAAAAUAUGGCAGUUAACCAUACAGUCAAUAAUUAUUCUAGUAGUAUGGAUAUUUUAAAUGAUAAUGAGCCACCUAAUUCGGAUAAAGCAUUGGACAAUUUAUUUAAUGAAUUAUUUGACUCAGGUGUAUUUCCAGGAUGUAGCAAAGAAUUAAAACCGAAUGCUGAACUUAAUGUUGCCAAUAAAACUGUAUCUAAUUACAACUUUAUUAAUCCUGUUGCUGGAUGUAGUAAAGAUAUAAAUAUUUCACAAAAUAUUGGACUCAUCGGAGUAAAUGAUGAUUCAAUGAAGAAAGAUAUUACCUGUAUACAAGAAAUUAUACCUUGGGCUACUUCAGAAGAAAUACAUUUUGUAUUAAUGAAAUAUAAUAAUUUACCUGACAGGAAACAAUUGACUUUAUUAAAUUUGAUGAAAAAAGAAUCAAAAAGAAUAAAAUCACAAGCUGUUAAAAGAAAAGCAAAUAAUUCUCCAGAAAUUGAAAGAAAAACUUUAAAACUAGAUAAUAUGUUUGAAAUAGAUGGUCAAUUAGAUGUCCAUCCUAAAUUACAGUUUGACAAUAUCCUUUCUAAUGAAUCUUGUAAUGAUUCACUAUCUUCUAAACGUUCGGAAUAUAUAGAACCCUAUUUCAAAAUAAAUCAAAACUUGAACACAUCUAAUAAGUUUGAAUUUUCCAGAGCAUCUUUAGAAAAUAAAGAGAUUAAUUUCAAUAGUAAUUUGAAUUCUUCAUCGAACUUGCUAAAUUCAAAUACACAAAUAUUUUCUAAAACAUCUUGCAAUAUACCAACAGUAAACCAUACUAGCAAAAAGGAAAGGAAUGAAACAGUAGUUAGUGGUUUAUUACAAGAACAAAAUAAUCUAGAAACACUGCAUAGGAAAAAUCUAAAUGACAAAUUCACCUUGGCUCCUUCAACAAAUUUCUUAAAACAGCCUGUGACACCAUCUUUUUCCAGUAUUAAUGAUUUUCAACAUUUAGCAAGUGGUAAUUCAAUAGAUCUUAAAUCAACUAAGAACACUACAAUACAAGAAGCAGCUAAUCAUUUUAAAGAUUUGCCUAUCUUAGAUGGUUUUUCACAGAACUUUAAGAGCAGAACUGUUAUACAACCACCAAAGUUGCUACUGCAAAAUGCCCAAACUGUUAUAAAUCCUAUCAUGGCGGCAAAAUCCAAUUUUAUACGACCAUCAAUAUUAAAACCAAAAGACAACACAUUAGAACGACUAUACCAUGUUCAUGCUGCCAGAUCAAAACAUUAUAUUCCACCACCAUUAAGUGCUUGUCGGAAGCAAUUGCCUUCUUCAAAUUUCAUCCACAUUCAAUUACCAAGAACUACUACAAUUGAAGAUCAAGCUGAUAAAAAUAGUUUAAUCAGAAUGGAAAAUGAGCUGAAACUCAAAAAACAAAAUAAUAGUCAGAAUAUUAAAAGACCAAUUGAUGUUUUAUUAUAUAAAUCUGAAAAAUCGGAAACUAUAGCAGAACCUUCAUUAAAAAUUCAGACAAAGCCAUUACAUAAUGACACAGUGGCUCAACCAGGAAUCUCUGGAAUGAAUUCUAUUGUAUCCUCAACUUCAACUAGUAUACCACAUCAAAGUAUUUAUAAUAAAUUACGAUCUAUUUUUCCUGAUGUAGAAUCUUCAUACAUCAAAAAUAUUUGUAUCAAUCCACCAAAUAUUACAAAUACAAAUGAUAAAACGUACAUUUUGAAUGCAUUGAUUGAACAUUUGCUAAACGAAGGAUCAAAUCAUUUACGCCCUGUAGAGUACAUUAUUGAUCAACCAGACAUUACAUCAGUAAGCAUAGAUGAGAAGUAUGAAUAUUUGUUGGGAAUUUUUCCGGAUGCCGACCCAACAUAUAUACGCGAUUUCGUAGUUAAAAAUCCUUCAGAACAAGACUUUCAAGAAUUUAUCCAACAAAAACUGGAAUCUCGUAAUUAUCCUACAAAAGAACAAUAUAUGGCUAAAAUAAAAAUAACUGAGCAAAUUAAACAGUAUACGACAGAAUUGAAUAUUGAGAAAUUUUUAGAAUUAUUUCCUGAUCCAUUGGAGCACUUUGAAAAUACGUCGAGAAAAUGUCUUUAUCAACCAAUAGCAAUGGAAUUUCUGAAAUCUCUUUUUGUUAAAAAUAAAGUAACCACUAUUACUCAGCGAUAUAAAAGUAAUAAUUACAAUUUGAGUCUAACUGCUAAAAAUUUAACAGAAAUAGGUUCUGACAUGAAGAGUAAAAGAGUGAGUGUAGAGAUGCCAACAGAAGAUAUUCCACUUCUUCAAGAAAUAGCUUUCAUAAAAAAUAAACAAAAUAUUCUUAAUUAUUUGAAUAUGCUGAAAAAUAAAGAAGAACAGUUAUUUAAGGAAUUAAAAGAACAAAAUCUUUUGCUAACAUGUCAAUGUUGUUACAAUGAUGAGUGCAUGCCAACAAAAUCAUCAGAAUGUAAUGAAGGACAUAUUUUCUGUCAUGAAUGUAUUAUUAGAGGAACUGAAUCUGCCUUAGCAGAUGCAGAAUUCCACGUUCGGUGUUUCACGGACUGUACAAGUGAAUUUUCGUUGGCCACUCUACAAAAAGUCCUACCUCCUACCAAAUUUAGCGCACUUUUGCAAAAGCGACAAACAGCUGAAGUUAUAGCUGCUGGAGUGGAUGGACUUGUAUCAUGUCCAUUCUGCCAUUUUGCAUCCAUACCUCCUCCAGAAGACAAAGUAUUCAAAUGUCUUAAUCCUGAUUGUAUGAAAGAAACUUGCAAGAUGUGCAAAGAGUUAAACCACGUCCCUUUGAAAUGUGAUGAAGUUAUCAAGACUGACAGAGCUCGCCACAUGUUAGAAGAAAAAAUGACUGAAGCAUUAGUACGUACAUGUUAUAAAUGCAGAAAACAGUUUUAUAAAGAAGAUGGUUGCAAUAAAAUGCAAUGUCCUUGCGGUGCCUUAAUGUGUUAUUUGUGUAGUAAACCAAUUAAGGGAUAUAAUCAUUUUAAUGCUCAAGGUGGAGCUAAUACUCAUCUGUGUCCAUUAUGGAGUGAUGAUCGCUUUCUAAAUGCUAAAGCUGUAAUACAAGUAGCUGAGGAUGUUAAGAAAACGCUGUUGAAAAAUAAUCCCAACUUAAAAAUUGACACCGAUUCAUUAUUACCUAAAAUACCUCCUAAAACUAGAGGACCACAUGAUGACAUACCUAACGCUAAUCAACUACCGGAACGCAUUUUGAAAAUAGCACAUGGAGGGCGAAGAUAAAAUGUAAUGAUGACGAAGAAAAUUGGCCAGCCAAAGAAAAGUAGAUAAAUAAAACUGUUAUUUCUCAAAAUCAUUCAAUAUUAUAAAUUGAUUGCGUUACAAAUUUAUAGUAUAUUGUUCAAGUAUUAGUAGUAUAAGCAAUUCAAUAAAGCUAUUUAAUUUUCUAUGAAUACAAUUAAGUAUGACAAUCCAUUUUUCAAUGCAAUGUUUUUCAUUUCAUAGUAUUCUUGAUUGUAUGUGGAAGUCUUUGUUUUCGUAAUAAUGUCAUGAAAAUAUUAAAAAUUGUGUAGUUUUAGAAUAAUUCGUUAUUUAUUUUACGCUGUGAGACCAUUCUUUCAAAUACAGAUAAUACAUUAUAUGAUACGUUUAUGUCAUUUUAAACAUAGCAAGAACUCAUUUCUUCAGUAGCCAUACAAUAUGUACCUAAUAACGCAUGUAAUGUAUGAGAAAGAUUUGCUCUACCUAUACAUCGUGUCUGGUACACGUUCAUUGUGAAAUAAGACAUAACUUUUUAAAAGAAAAAUAGAUAUAUCUAGAUCAUAACAUUUUUUUACU